AUGCAAUCACUAUCCCACGCAGGGGCAUUUGACGUAGGUGGGGCAGCACAAGCAGCGUCUCAAGUCUAUGAAGGCGACCAGUCCUGGGGAGAGUUUAGCGAGGCGUCCUUGGACUCCAUGCUCUCUCUUCCGCUCAAUACAAAGUCCAGGGCUCGCUCUCGCUGCACCUGGAAAGAUUGCCAGUAUCGCGGAUAUACUACCGACGAAAAGGAAAAGCACGCCUUGGCCCAUCGACAGUGCCCUAAGGAAGACUGCGGCUGGGCCAAGGCAAAGGACCAAAACCAAAAGGACCGACAUGUUUGGAGCAGCCACAAGGCGUGGGCCCAGGAAACCGGGUAUCCUCCUCAAGGCGCUGUGUGCGACGAGUGCCAACAAACAUUUUCGCGCAAGGAUAGGCUACUUCGACACAAGAGGGAGGUUCACGCUGCCCAGAAGCGGGUAAGACGACCCAGGAGCUAA